AUGGCGACUGGCCCUGCUACGCGUGCGAAGAGUAACAAGAGCAACGAGCGGCCGUUCGGCGUAUCCUCUACAGAUCUCAACAGGGCGCUCAAUGUCUAUACUCCAUCGCGAUCGUUGCCGCCCCAGUAUCAAGAGCGCUUGCGAGCACUGAAUCAGAGGAACAAGGUCAUCCUCAAGACCACUCCUAUCAUACGCACGCAAUCUUCAACGGGAGCUGAUUGUCAUGAUACACCCUACCCUUCACCAGACAAGCACCCAGAUAUUGAGCGUCGAGAUGACGAGCCACCUGCAAAUCCCUGUGAUAAAUAUUCAGCAGAGCCUGAUGCUUGCAGUUCUCGUCGCCUUGAAGGUGAGCAUAAUAGCCCGCCGCUGUUUUUGUCUCAAGAGAGUCAGCCGCUAGAGGACUAUAUUCGCAAAAGCCGGCGAUUGAGAGCUUCUGGCUCUGAGCAGGAAUUACCUCUUGACCAGUUCGAAUUAGAGCUAUUGCGUAUGGGUGAUGGUGAUGAAGCCGACUCCAUUCCUUCCGCUACCCUCUUCCCGAAAAGGCUACAAGAUUCGGACAGUCGCAGAUCAAGACAAAACACACAUGGUGGUUCUCAGUACAUAAACGAAGGCAGCAAUCAAGACCCUGACCAAGAGGCGCCACCACCUAAAAAGUGGCAAAAAAGGAGAGGGGUAGCCAGUGUCGGAACUUACAAUGCGAACAUUCAAGAGUUGAAAGGUGUGAGGGUAACGAAGGCCGGCGAAACGGAUAAACGCCCAAGCUUUCAGAAGUCUAAGAAGAGUCAUGACUCAAAUGAUAAGAACAGCACCUCUCAGAGAGCCUCCUUGAAAAUCAAACAGCCACGUCGUGUUCCAGCUGGUGAGCUUGUGAUAGCAGAGGCGCGAUUGGAAGAGUCGGACCCGGAGUUAUCUAGCAAUCCACCCUUAGAGCUUUCUCAGGAUCCCACUUCUCAGAUCCGGGGUAGUGAUACAGAUGAUGAUGAUGAUGAUAGACCGGACACUCGCAGAGAACCUGCGUUUCUGACAAUGAAAAUCAAGCCACGAAAAAGAAUUGGAUGUAUAGAUACCUCCAAAUUCAAAAUGCCAAAACCCAGACUCCUGGAUCAGCCUAAGCGAAUACCUUCCUACUCUGAUGGCUUUGAUGGAAAAGAGGGGGAGCCCAUUGGAAGAUUGAUGCCCGUCAAGCAGUCAUUCCGAAGAAAGCAGAAUGGCUUCAGAAUGACCAUCAAAUUUGGAACGCUCCAGCUGGUCAGUGAAAAGCCGGAAGAGGAGCAAUCCGAGAAGCCACGUCCACGCCGCAAGAAAAAGAAAAAAGUACCCGAUAACCACGAUCAAACCCGGAAGAACGCAGCCAACGUAGAGCCCGAAGAUGACCAGAUGAUUCUCGAUAUUCAAGCAUGGGAGCCAGAAAAUCGUCAGGAAGUUAAUCACCCACAGGCCUCGGGAAAUGCCCCUUCGGAGAAUGUAGCGCAAGAUCCAAAGACACCAACAGCUACAACAAACCAAAGCAACAUUUCAUCAACACCUACUGGUCACACAUCACCAUUGAAACGUAAAUCACAGGGAAAGUUACGCGCAAGUAGCAUUAAUGGUGGUCCGCAAUUGGAGCCACAAAAUGUUUCUCGACAGUCUGAUGUUGAACGCCAAAAAGAUACAAAAUUUCUUGAGCCAUCAAAGCCAGCUUCGCUCCCAGAGAGAUCUCAACAGCAAAUCCAGGAUGAUCUGAUCGUCUCGCAAGAAAUUAGCCAGGUCACCAUGAAGCGACCAAGCGUAGACAAUACUGGUGAAGGUCAUCAUGUGGGAGGAUACGAUGACCAUGCUAAUGGUGCUAGAGAUUAUGAAGAGGAAGAAGAAAGCUCCGACAAGCCCUGUCUUACACCUUCCCCUAGCCCCCCUGAAGACGAAGAGAUGGAUGCAAAAGAUGAGCCGAAAACACUUUCGCCCUCAAUUACAUUCCUACAUCAUGAUAAUCAGAUUUCCUCGCAAGAAUCUGGCAGUGUUGACGACGAAGAGACUGGAGAGUUUAUUGGCCAAGAUGACAAUAUUUUUGUUGCAGAGGACAGUGCAGUCAGCCAAGAAGAAGAGAUGACUGGCAGCCUGCUUCCCACUGUACGCGAGAUGGAAGAGCUUACGAAAAAGAUGGUGAUGGAACUCAAUCAAGAAACGGAGUCUGUACUGGCCAAGCAGAGGAAGAGCCGGCUGCCAUCAAAGCAUCAAGCCUCCGGGAUGGCUCUAGCGUCGAAGAAGACCAGCAGACUAUCUCAAAUGAGCCAGAGUGCCUUCAAGACUCCGAUAAAGGUCGUCCACCUUCCUGAGAUUAGCAAUCGAAAGCAUGUCAUGCCAAAAUGCCAGCAACAGGAGCCUCCGACCUCAGAUGGCCCUGACAGUUCGUGGCGUCCGCGUGUCCCUAAUACGCGAGGAGCAGAGAUGGAGGAGCAAGAAGAGAUUGUGGACAUCCAAACUCCUUCGCCAGUACGUAAGCAAGUCGAAAAUGAUCGUCGUAGAUCUCUCCGAAAAAGAUCGACGAGUAUUCGCCAGCCUCUGAGAACCGCGAAGGAUCGUCCAGAAAGCCAGAUCAUGACUCAAGAUAUCUUACCGGCCAUCACACAUGACAGCCAAGGUGGCUCACUUGAGCUUGGAAGCACGCAGAAAUUUGUUGCUCGUCGUUCUUUUGCAUCUGAAAUACCCGAGACACAGGUUGAGAAUCAGCCAGAGGAGCAAGCCAAACACACAGUCUUGGUGCCAGAGAACAGCUACUUCUCACAGGCAUCGCAACACCUGAGCGAGUCAGCUCAGCGAGCUAGCCACACGCUGUCCAUGCCUGUACGCGUGCACUUUGCUCAUCAGCUGAAGGAGGAGGAACAUGGCGAAAGAAUGAUGGCAGAAAGCGUGACCUAUUCUGCGGCCUUUCAACACACUGCCAGCUCGCCUACGAAGACACCAACAAGCUCGCGACCCAGUAUUAUGCACCCUCAAUCGAGCCAGACGAGUCUAAAGGACUUGACCCGAAAAGCCAGUCUCGGCAUGGGUACCGUUCUUAGCAAGAAGAGGAGGCUGACGUCCAUCAAUUCGCUACUUUCACAGUUUAGAUAA